UGGAUUCCCCCUGUGCUGCUGCCGCUCGUGUUCGCCGAUCUUCAGGAUCGCAGCCGAUCGCCGGAUACGCCAUGCGUGCUCAGCUGUCCUCCGUCAAAUGCGAUCGCGCCUCUGUCGUCGGUGAGCUCCCGCCCGCUGCUCGCUCCUCCUCCGCUCGAUCGCGUUGUCCUCCCGCGCGUCGCUCCGUCGGUGCUUGUUCCGGUCUUAAGAUAGAUGGUAUGAUUUUCCAGAGGUUUGGUUGCCGUCUGCGGCGGAGACUCGUUCCAUACAGGGCAUUUGAUGAGGACUCAGUUGAUAUUCCACCCCUUAAUGAUUGGGAUGGCAGUGAGGGUACCAGUGGUUAUAUGAUGUCAUCCAGUGAUGGUGAAGACAGUGACAGUGAAUUGAUAUUAACUGCGAGCAGUGACGUGGAUUUGCCUAAGUAUAAAGUAUCAACGAAUGAUGCAUUAACAAUUACUGCUCAUAGAUUUGCACUGAUUGGCAGGCGCCGGAAGAAACGCAGGAUCAAAUAUGGGAUGUUGAACAACAUGGGUUUGAUUACUUUUCUGACGACCUUCCUUUUAUUAUUGGAUUGGUGUGCUUGGCGUAUUGUCAGAUUACCACUGCCACAAUUUUACUUGACCCGCCCUUUUUUCAUGUCGGCUGUUAUAGCGUCCUGUGUAGGCUACAUAUUUGUUCCCUUACUUGAUGGUUUUAAUAUUUACCAAAUUAUCCGUAAGGAAGGAACUGUGAGACAUUAUUUGAAAAAGAGAACACCCACAAUGGGUGGAUUGUUUUUUGUGCCUGUUGGUGUGGCUGUUGCACAAGCCAUAGCUGGUUUUUCUUCAACUGAAGUUACUGCAGCUACCGUAGCGACUCUGGCAUUUGCUGCAAUUGGGUUUAUAGAUGAUAACUUCAGCCUUCUCGAGAAUCGAAAUCAUGGUUUAUCUGCCUGGGCGAAAUUGUUGUUAGAGGUUGUUGUUGCGACAAGUUUCGCUUUGUGGCUGGAUUGCACGAGGAUAUCAUCACCUUAUGGCAUGAAAAAGUUGGUUCCUCUGCCAGCGCCAUUGGGCAUUGUAUGCCUGGGAAAGUCUUAUUCUCUGUUGACAUCAUUUUGCUUCGUGUCUAUGGGAAAUGGGAUUGAUCUAACUGAUGGUCUUGAUGGAUUGGCGGGUGGGGUUUCUGCACUGGCUUUUAUAGCAAUGUCAGUUGUCGUGCUUCCAAUAUGUGCUGACCUUGCUAUCUUCGGUGCAUCAAUGGCUGGAGCCUGUGUUGGUUUUCUUUUGCAUAAUAGGUACAAAGCAUCUGUCUUCAUGGGUGAUACUGGAUCUCUAGCACUUGGUGGAGCCCUAGCUGCAAUGGCAGCCUGUACGGGAAUGUUCCUUCCGUUGUUCAUUUCAUCUGGGGUUUUCGUUGUUGAAGCAUUCUCUGUAGUUUUGCAGGUGUCACAUUUCAAAGCCACCAAAUGCCUGCGUGGAUAUGAGAAUCGCAUUUUUCAGAUGGCACCGCUUCAUCAUCACCUUGAAUUAUAUGGUUUCAAGAAACCGAUUAUUGUAGCGGGGGCAUACCUUUUAUCGUCUGUGCUGUCCUUGUUUGCUGGGUAUGUGGGUCUUAUAUCAGCGUAACUUUUUGAGUAAUUUUCGCGCUAAAAGUAUCUCUCAUAUUUAUCUGUUCCUCAUCUUCAGCUGCUUCGGCUUUCUUCGGUAAUUGCACUCUCUUGUCGUGCAGCAAUUGCCAAUUUGAGUGCAAUUACCAAUUUUCUUUCUUGUGCGCCAUCCACAAGACGUUGAGGGAGAUAGAUUGGAUUUGUGACUAAGCAGUAAGCAGUCCUUUACCAACGCCCUACAUAAUUCCUCCUCUCCUGAAGAGGGCUUAGUUCCUAGGCCUUGACCCUUCGGAAAUAGACUCAAUUUUCCAUUAUUACUUUUCUAUU